GGGAGCCGUGGCAUUUGAGUGUGUGCGUGCAUGCUGUAGCUGUGAGCAGUGUCUGCUCCCGACGGCUGGCCAGCGUCCCAGGGCAGAAAGACAGAGAAAGAAUUGGUGUGAGAGAGAGAGGAGGGGAGGAAAAAGCAAAGUAGACUAGAGUUGGAAUAAGGACAGGAGGGAAGGAACGGUGAAGAAAGAAGACGAGCCCUUCUGAGAGGGGAACAGUGCUGGGUGUGGAAUUCGGGUGACCUCAGUGCUCGGUUUUGCUCGCAAGCGGAGCGUGAUUUUGAACUCGCUGAAGUGUUGACAACCAUGGCGGAUUCGAGCGUGAAGCUGGAUCGCGUGCCCCUAACGGAGGCGUCCGACGACGACGACGAGAUGGCGCUGGUGUCGGCGGUGGCAGCAGUGGCAGAGGACGACGAGGAGGAGGAAGAGGCGGCAGCGGAGGUGGCGGUGGCAGGGACGGCGAAGAAGAGCGAGGCGCAGAUGCACGGGGUGAUGGUGCUGGCCCUGCUGGACAAGAUCAUCGGCGUGGUGGACCAAAUCCAGCAGACGCAGAACGGGCUGGAGGAGCGGCAGGAGGGCAUGGAGCACUCGGUGGUCGGCAUCCGGGGCGAGCUCAACAAGCUCUCCAAGAACCACACCACCACCGCCAACACCGUCAACAAGAUGCUGGAGAAGGUGCGCAAGGUCAGCGUCAACGUCAAGACGGUGCGCACCAGCCUGGAGAAGCAGGCCGGCCAGAUCAAGCGGCUGGAGAGCAACGAGCAGGAGCUACUCAAGAGGCGCAACUUCAGGGUCAUGAUCUACCAGGAGGAAGGGAAGCCACCCAAAGCAACUGUGUCCAAGUCGACAAAAGGCUCAGGGAAAGUGGCAGAGGGUGAGGAGGGCGAGGGGGGGCCAGAGGUGAAGGAGGAGGCAGGGGAGGGUGACGAGGCUCACCCUGGCGUCUCCUCCGACGAGGAGGUGGAGAUCGAGGAGAUCAUUGAGGAGUCACGGGCUGAGCGCAUCAAGCGUAGCGGCCGGCAGCAGAUGGACAGCAUCAAAAAGGCCUUCUCCAAGGAGAAGAUGGAGAAGACCAAGCAGAAGACCAAGGAGAACCUGGAGAAAACCCGCCUGAGGACGCGCGAGAACCUGGAGAAGACCAGGCACAACCUGGAGAAGAAGAUGGGCAAGCUGGGUAACCGCAUGGCCGUCAAACCCGAGCAGAAGGAGAAGAUGAAGUCCUCGCGGGAGAAGGUGAAGAAGUCCUUCACGCCCGACCACACCGUCUACGCCCGCUCCAAGACGUCCGUCUACAAGGUGCCGCCCUUCACUUUCCACGUGAAGAAGGUCCGGGAGGGCGAGGAGGAGGUGCAGCCCGCGGAGCCCGUGGAGGUGGCUGGGGAGAAGCCCGUGGAAGAGGCUAUGGAAGAGGCCAUGGAGGAAGCUGUGGAGAGGGCGGAGCAGCUGAGUGAGGAUGGCCCGGAGGUGCAGGCCCUGCUGAAGCUGUCCGAGGACUCAGAGCUGGUGCUGGUGGAUCUGGAUCACGAGAAGGAUAGUAAAUAAUGUGGGCCCGGGGAAGACCAGUGCAAACAGAGCAGAGAGAACAGAACUGAGAUGACACUGCGUGAAUAACGGACAUGCACAGGCUAUGGGGGAUGCAUUUGGCCUCAGUAUCUCUAAAGUUUAGUUUUUAUUUUGUAGUCUGUCUUUAGUUGUUUCUUUUUUUUUGCGCCAUCUUUAAUACCAUAACCAUUGUAACUGUUUCAAAAUCCAAAGUCUAACUUUCACUUCCCCUAGUCCAGUGAAAGAGAAAGGAGGGUUGUCUACCUUAUUGUUUAUUUUUUAUCUGUUUUGUUUGAAAAUACUUUCAUCUUAUGGACUACUUUGCUUAUAUUGACCGUUUCAUUGCGUUUGUAUUUCAGUAUGGGGAAUGGAAUUACUCCUGUUAUGAAGGCAAUUCUGUACGUAUUUUCUGACCAGCCUCACAUUUAAAUACUGCAAGGAAUCAAACAGUUAACUGCUAUUAAUAAAUAUGCCUUAUGUGGUGGCUCUGGUUGGAGGUGUGAUGUCAUGUGGUAUGUUUCAGUUGAAUGAUGCCAGGAGGAACAAACAGGGGGAAAUGGACAGAUGUUAGUUGUAUAACUGACUAAUAAGGGUUAUUGGCAUGUACAGUGUAAGAGCGGUGUAAGUUGUGAAUAAACAGACAUUUGCUAUGACAGUGACUUUUUCUUGAUUUCAAAGUGUUUACAAGCUGAUCUAAGUGUUUUACAAAAUGUUGAGCUAUUUUAUUUCGGAAGUUUGUGUCAUUGUGAAAAUUGUUUUGCCAUUGUUGG